AAAGCACACAACCCACUUUUCCAUCCAAAUACAAUUUCGUUUUCUUUCAGGCUCUAUCAUGUUACACAAUAAUACAUACCCACUCCAAGCUGUCCUUUCUUAAUAAGAACCCCACCCAAAAUUCCAAUCCUACCCUUCGUCUAACCCCCUGCACAUUAAAAACAUUUUGGUAAAUUAAACUACCUUUACCAACAUGCACCUAUCUUGUAUUUAUAUGCACAGGACUUUAAAAGCUUUCAUUUACAAAAAGACAACAUCCCGAAAAGACUCUCUAGCAAAAAAAAAGCAGAGAAGUAAUCGGAAUGUCGCCGGCCGCCGGAGCUCGCGUGCCACUGCUGCCGGGGAACAAGCCUGUGAGGCGGGCAACGGUGUCGGGGGCAGUGUUCAACGUGUCGACGAGCAUAAUUGGUGCCGGAAUUAUGUCAAUACCGGCCACUCUCAAAGUGCUUGGUGUCAUACCAGCUUUUCUGCUUAUUGUGAUCAUUGCUUUCUUGGCUGAUGUCUCGGUUGAGUUCUUGAUGAGGUUUACGCAUUCCGGCGAGUCCAUCACGUAUGCUGGUGUCAUGAGAGAGUCUUUUGGGCAGGUGGGAUCUGUGGCCACACAAAUAUGUGUUAUGAUCACUAAUCUUGGGUGCUUAAUCAUGUACCAGAUUAUAAUUGGGGAUGUUCUAUCUGGAAACGGGUCUUCAGGAACAGGGCAUUCAGGGGUUCUGCAAGAGUGGUUUGGAAUCCAGUGGUGGAACUCACGUGAUAUUGCUAUCUUGUUCACUCUCGUGUUCAUUUUUCUGCCACUGGUCUUGUUAAGGCGUGUUGAAUCUCUCAAGUACAGUUCUGCCGUAGCGGUUCUUCUUGCUGUAGUUUUUGUUGGCAUAAGUUCUGCCAUGGCAAUCUAUGCCAUCUUUGAGGGAAAAACCAGCAACCCAGAGUUGAUACCAAGCUUGGACAAACAAACCUCCUUCUUUGACCUUUUCACUGCUGUUCCGGUCAUUGUCACAGCCUUCACUUUUCAUUUCAAUGUUCAUCCAAUUGGUUUUGAGCUUGGCAAGCCCUCUGAUAUGAUAUCAGCGGUCAGAAUUUCACUGGUGCUUUGUGCAGCAAUCUAUUUCUCCAUUGGUCUUUUUGGGUAUCUUUUGUUUGGAGAUGCAAUCAUGAGUGACAUACUUGUCAAUUUUGACAAAAGUUCAGAUUCAGCAAUGGGUGCUCUGCUUAAUGAUGUGGUCAGAUUAAGCUAUGCACUUCAUCUGAUGUUGGUUUUCCCACUGUUGAACUUCUCUUUAAGGGUCAACUUAGAUGAACUUCUCUUCCCUAAAAAGCCACUUCUGGCCACAGAUACUAGAAGAUUUGUGAUCCUCACUCUUGGUCUGCUAGUCUUCUCUUACCUCGCAGCAAUUGCCUUCCCAAACAUUUGGUAUAUCUUUCAGUUUCUAGGAUCAACCUCUGCAGUCUGCCUUGCCUUCAUUUUCCCUGGUGCUAUUGUUCUAAGGGAUGUACAUGGCAUAUCUACAAGAAGGGAUAAGAUCAUGGCGACUAUAAUGGUGUUCUUGGCAGUAGUUACAAGCGCAAUUGCCAUUUCCACCAACAUAUACAAUUUUUUCCGGAACAAGUCAUGAUUGAUUUUACUUUUUCCUUUUCCUCAUUUUUGUUGUAGCUGAGGUGCUUGUAUUCUAUUGUAUUAUUCAUAGCAUGGCUUCUAUAGAGUUCACAAACAUUCUCUAUCAAUAUGAUAUUACAUGAUGUUUGUACCAAAAGAAAUGAUAUUGCAUGAUUUGGUGCAUUACAGACAUAAAUGAAACAGCAUAAUGACCAAUUACAAGCCCUUUACA